AGAUCUCUUACCAGGUGCCAAAUGUGAUUACACCAUCCAGGUGCAAUUAAGGUUCUGUUUGUGUGAAACCAGCUGUCCCCAGGAAGAUUAUUUCCCUCCUAAUUUAUUUGUCAAGGUCAACGGAAAACUCUGUCCCCUGCCCGGUUAUCUCCCACCCACGAAGAACGGGGCGGAGCCGAAGCGACCCAGCCGCCCCGUCAACAUCACACCCUUGGCACGGCUCUCAGCCACUGUCCCCAACACCAUCGUGGUCAACUGGUCCUCUGAGUUUGGCAGGAACUACUCCCUCUCUGUGUACCUGGUGAAGCAGCUGACCUCUGUGACCCUGCUGCAGAAGCUGAGGGCCAAGGGCAUCCGCAACCCCGACCACUCCCGAGCCCUCAUCAAAGAAAAACUCACAGCAGACCCUGACAGUGAGAUCGCCACCACCAGCUUACGAGUCUCCCUCAUGUGCCCGCUGGGGAAGAUGAGGCUGGUGGUGCCCUGCCGAGCCCUGACCUGCAGCCACCUGCAGUGCUUCGACGCCGCCCUCUACCUCCAGAUGAACGAGAAGAAACCCACCUGGACCUGCCCUGUCUGUGACAAGAAGGCUCCAUAUGACAACCUGAUCAUCGAUGGGUUGUUCAUGGAGAUCCUGAACUCCUGCACGGACUGUGACGAGAUCCAGUUCAUGGAGGACGGCUCCUGGUGCCCCAUGAAGCCCAAGAAGGAGAAGCAGGAGGUGUGCCAGGCAUCUGCCUUCAGUGGGAAUGAGGCCACCUCCCUUUACACCCUGAGCUCUGAGGGCAAGAGCUCCUCAGAGGGCAAAAAAAAAGUGGAGGUUAUUGACCUCACCCUGGACAGCUCGUCGGAUGAGGAGGAGCCACCAGCCAAGAAGCUGUGCCCAGCCUCCAGCGUGGCUCUGCCCACAGUGCCAGGGCCCAAGGGGGCCUUGGCCAUCGAUCCCCAGCCGCCCUCCGUGCUCCGAAGUCCCCCCAUGGCAGCUCUGGGCAGUGACUAUCUCUCCAGCCUCCCCAUCCCUGACUACCACCCUUCCUACCAGGUGUCCUCAGAGCUUCAAGGUCUGGAUUUGUUUUCCUUCCUUCAAAGUGAAAAUCAGCAUUACAGCCCCUCGGUCAUCACCUCCCUGGACGAGCAGGACGCCCUGGGCCACUUCUUCCAGUACCGAGGCUCCUCCUCUUCCUCCUCCUCCUCCGGGCACUUCCUCCAC